CGCGGCCGCCAUAACGCGCUCCGCAGUCGAGGACCAACCGUCGCGAGUUUCAGUCGAACGAUCACGAGCAGCAACCAUGGUUUACGAGAGUGACUUCUACACGACGCGCCGGCCGUACCGGCCCUCCAGCUACAGCGUGUCGCCGUUGACGUCCGUGUACUAUCUCUCAUCCCUUCUACCGUAUUACAAUAUCCCGUAUGUACAAUACAUACCCAGGCUGUCUCAGGAUGAACUGAUUUACCGUCCGACAUCUCGCACUGUUACCCGACUCGUGACGUACCCUGAAGCACCGCACCACGUCGUACGUGUUCGUGUGCGUCCGUCUGUCAUCUUGAAGGAACUCGAUCGCAUCGCGUAUCGUCGCCGCCCAGUUACUGCCAUCACUGCUAUCGAUGACUACUACAGAUCAGAAUCUACAAGAGCUUUCGAAGAUGAAACACGUCGCAUACGCGCUGACACGGCUUCUCUGCUGCAGCGCGCUCGUUCUGUGGUCCCACGCGCGAAAACCGUAGCUCCACUCGACACUAUCUACUCAUACUCUUACGGCGAGCCGGUGCCGUAUCGCUUCAGCAAUGACGCGUAUGUUGCUAAGUUACUGUUGCCUUUGCGCAGCGUUUCAGACAACAUUCACCACAUUUCAUUCUACGCAGAGCCCGCUAAGAAGUUUACAGGACGCGGCCACCUCGCGUGCGUACACUAUUCCGGUAAAAAGGCCUUCUCCAACCGCAGGCCUCUCUACAAGGAACUUAGCAUCAGGGAUGACGUCAACCUUCUCUCGUUUUACGCGAAGAACAGAUUGGCGGCCGCGGGUUUGGCCGUAGAAACGGCCACAGUGAAACUCCUCCCGUGGAGGCCAAGCCGCAAGUUCCAAGCGCCACAGAAGAUGGAAGACCCUGAUCUGGAAUUGAAAGCAGCAAAGGCCGAUCGUGAGGCAAGAUUUCGGGCAACAACAGCUGAGCCAGUCCUCACACCAGCGGCUGAUUUAGCUGAAAUCAAACGAAAAAGGCAAGAGGAGGCUCGCGCUGCAGAAGAAAAAGCUUUGAAGGAAGAAGCCAAGCGAGAAGCUGAGCGCAAAGCACAGGCUGUACGUGAAGCAGCUGAAAAGAAACGAGUAGAGGAAGAAGCUCGUAAAGCAGAAGAAGCCAAACGUAAAGCAGAGGAAGAAGCACGAAAAGCCGAAGAAGAUGCUAGAAAGGCUGCUGAAGAAGCAGCUAGACAGGCUGAAGAAGCCCGUAAGGCAGAAGAAGCUAGAUUAGCUGAAGAAGCGCGUAAAGCUGAAGAAGCAAAAUUAGCUGAAGAAGCACGAAAAGCUGAAGAAGCUAGAUUAGCUGAAGAGGCUCGCUUAGCAGAAGAGGCCCGCUUAGCAGAAGAGGCUAGAUUAGCUGAAGCAGCUCGUUUAGCGGAAGAAGCGAGAUUAGCCGAAGAAGCAAGGCUAGCGGAAGAAGCUAGAUUAGCUGAAGAAGGUCGACUGGAAGAAGAAAGGUUGGCUGAACAACGUAGACAAGAGGAAUUAGCAAAAUUAGAAGAAUUUGAGCGUCAAGCACAAGAAGAACGCGAAGCAGAACUUGCAAGACAGGCAGCUGAAUUAGCAGAAAUUGCGAGACAAGAAUCUGAAUUAGCAGCUGCACGCUUAGAAGAACUUUCACAUAGUGGUUCUGCAAGUGAAAACAUAGCCGCUGCUGAAACGAGUGAAGUAGCAGAUGAACCAAUCGUAGAAGAACCUGAAAGUCCAGAAGUAGUUAAUGAGACUCCCGCUGAAUCCCAAGAAGUCGUAGAAGUCAGCGAAGACGAGAAAGCAGAACCUGAUGUAACUGACGAAGAAUAAUUGUCAAAGCUACGAAUUAUCUUAAUUCUAUCUAACAUUUUAUUGUAACGAAAUACUAUGUACUUACUAUCUUUCUUCAAAUAAAUAAUAAUACUUGAAUGGCAAAAAUUUUAGGUUCAACAUUGUAGACUAGAUUUUCUAGUUUUGCAUUUCCGAUAAUUAUUAUCUUGUUUUAUACUAUUCAUUAUUCGCUUAGAUUCAAGAAAGUGUAGAUGAAUAAUGUAAUAGUAAAAUGGUGGUGACACAAUAAGUAACUAUUUAUUAUCUAUAACUUUCAUUUGCGUAAUACAAUUACGUGACAACGAGAGAAUUGAUUGAUUUGUUGUAUUGUGAUUAUUACUACCAUUGUUAACAAUGU